AUGCUCCAAAAUACCCGGGGGCGCACCGUCUUUGCCUUCCAGCCCAAGCGUCUUCCCAAAGACGUGGACAGGCUUACCUUCUUCAAGGGUUCCAUCGUCCGCAAGAAAUCCCUAGGCCCAACAGGGCUGCCGGAGGAUGAUGCUGAAGCCCAGAAGGUCAGUCAGGUGGAAGCCGAGUCGUUUGAGCCACCGCCGCGCGGGGUGGAGGCCGGGCUGUCGCGCUCUGUUUCCGUGAACGACUUGAGGUCACGGGUGCAGCGGCAUCGCUCCUUAGACCCCGCGCUGGUUAAAGGUCCGCAGUCAGAAGGACAAGAGGUCUCGGCGGCCAGGCACUGCCCACCUUCACCUUGUAGGCCUUUAUCAGCGAGAUUAGCAGAGGCACCGCCUCCUCUGCCUGCUUUCCCUGGCAGUUGGAAGUCUGAGGAGGCUUCAUCUUCAAGGGCAGCCCCAGAAGGUGGCCAGGGUGCAAGCCAUUUCUCUGAUGCGGGGGCUGGUGAUCAGUCUGCACCGAGAAUGGCGGCAGCAGCAGGGAAGGCGCUCCUGCGCGCAGCAAUGGAGGAUCCAGGAAACCCUGCAGCUGGCAGCGCCAUGCGCCGUUCCCCGUCCAUGCCCUUGCCCAAGAGGCCAAUGGUGCCUUGUGAGAAGCGACGGCCGCGGCCUCGCACGGCAGGAGAGGAGGCCCAGGCCACAGAAUGCUUCUCUUCUCAGUCCGAUGCCAAGUGCCCGCCGCCCCUCCCAGAGUGGUUAAAUUGGGCGAAAGAUUUCGGCGCUCGUGCACAGUCCUGCAAGAUGCAGGAUCUGGUUCUUUUACUGCCGCUCGUUGGAGACUGCAUUGCGGACGUGCCUGCCUCUCCCUCUCAGAUCCUAGAUGAUGCCAAGUUCAAGCAAACGCUGCACACAAGACAAUACAAAGUUGGCUCCCGCGCAGACAUGCUGGCUGCCUCGGUGUCGUGCAAGCCCCGGAGCCAGAAACAGCAAGCAUUCUAUUCUGUGGGUACGAAGGUGCUGCACUGGCAGCCCCUCUGCGAUGGCGACGAAGUUCCCAAGCACAUAGGAUAUGCCCCUCGAUACUUUGACUUCAAGGCCUUUCGAAAGGCGCUGAGGGAGAAAAAAGAAAGCCUUUCCGAAGCCGAGCUUCGGGAGGUGAGGCGAGAAUAUGCGCUGCCUCCUCCAGAAGGAUGGACUGUGCUGCAUUUCUUGGAGAAGAUGGAGUUUGGUGAUGGAGCGGAAGAUGUUGCAAAUCUGUUCGAGCAUUGGAAAGAUUUCAUCUCCAUGUCAGCUGGAGAUAUUAUGAGAAUCCCGGACAUUACUGCGGAGCAGCGGCGGCGACUGGACAAGUUCAUCACCUUGUUCAAUCACGGCCUUUGGCCCCGGGUGUCCGCUGACGAGUUCCAUCAGCGCUUCGCUGGCAAGCUGCUUGAAAAUGAGGGCAAGCCAUGGACGGAGGAAGAUGACGAGCUGCUAUUACAGCUUGCUGCGCCCGGUGAACAAGGUGGCUACGAUGCAAGCUUUGGCGACCCCUGGGUUUAUAUCUCCUGGGAGAUGCAACGGCGGGAGGACGACGUGCAGCAGCGCUACCUUGACCUGGUAGUUCGCGGCAAGGAAAGGGCUGCGCGACACGAGCUUGCCAUUACCAAGGCUUCCCGGCCGCUGCACAUGCAUCGGAGGUUUCGGAUGAUCCCACCGGAUGUGUAUAUCGUGCCCUCCCAGGACAACUUUCCACUAGCUGAGCAGACGUUUGAGCUGCCAGAGGCCUUCAAAAAGUAUCGUCAAAAUGACAUCUUUUAG